GUGGACGGAUGACCAGGAUGACCUGGGAGCUGCACCUGCUGCUUCUGCUGGGGCUGGGAUUCAGGUCCCAGGAGGCCCUACCACCACCCUGUGAGAGCCAGAUCUACUGCCACGGGGAGCUCCUGCAUCAAGUUCAGAUGACUAAACUCUACCAGGACGACAAGCAGUUUGUGGAUAUGUCACUGACCGCAUCUCCAGAUGAAGUCCUGCAGAACUUCAGCCAGCUGGCCCUGGCAUACAACCACAGCAUCCCCAGGGAACAGCUUCUGGAGUUUGUCCAGCGGCACUUCCAGCCUGUUGGGCAGGAGCUGCAACCCUGGACCCCAGAGGACUGGAAGGACAGCCCUCAGUUCCUGCAGAAGAUCUCAGAUGCCAAGCUGCGUGUGUGGGCGGAAGAGCUGCACCAGAUCUGGAAAAAACUGGGAAAGAAGAUGAAACCAGAAGUCCUCACACACCCAGAGAGGUUCUCCCUGAUCUACUCAGAACACCCCUUCAUUGUGCCUGGAGGACGUUUUGUCGAAUUCUACUACUGGGACUCCUCCUGGGUGAUGGAAGGACUGCUUCUCUCUGAGAUGGCCUCAACGGUGAAGGGCAUGCUGCAGAACUUUCUGGCUCUGGUGAAAACCUACGGACACAUCCCCAAUGGCGGACGUGUGUAUUACCUGCAACGGAGCCAGCCCCCACUCCUGACUCUCAUGAUGGAUCGAUACAUGACUCACACCAAGGAUGUCACCUUUAUUCAGGAGAAUAUUGGGACUCUAGCCUCAGAACUGGACUUCUGGACUGUGAACAGAACUGUCUCUGUGAACUCAGGAGGACAAAACUAUACCUUGAAUCUCUACAAUGUCCCUUAUGGGGGACCCAGGCCAGAGUCCUACAGCAAAGAUGCAGAAUUGGCAAACACUGUGCCAGAAGGGGCCCGAGAGGCUCUGUGGGCUGAGCUCAAGGCUGGGACUGAGUCUGGCUGGGACUUCUCUUCACGCUGGCUUGUCGGAGGCCCAAACCCUGAUUUGCUUAGCAGCAUCAGAACCAGCAAAAUGGUACCUGUUGACCUGAAUGCUUUCCUGUGCCAAGCAGAGGAACUGAUGAGCAGCUUCUACUCCAGACUAGGGAAUGACACUGAGGCCACAAAAUACCGGAACUUGCGGGCCCAGCGCUUGGCCGCCAUGGAGGCCAUCCUGUGGGACGAGCAGAAGGGUGCCUGGUUCGACUACGACUUGGAAAAAGGGGAGAAGAACCUGGAGUUUUAUCCCUCCAACCUUGCCCCUCUCUGGGCUGGCUGCUUUUCAGACGCUAGUGCCGCUGAGGCUCUCAAGUACUUGGAGGACAGUAAGAUCUUGACCUACCAGUACGGGAUCCCGACCUCUCUUCGCAACACAGGCCAGCAGUGGGACUUCCCCAAUGCCUGGGCUCCCCUACAGGACCUGGUCAUCAGAGGUUUGGCCAAGUCAGCUUCCCCCCGGACUCAGGAGGUGGCUUUUCAGCUGGCCCAGAACUGGAUCAAAACCAACUUCAAAGUCUACUCCCAAACGUCAGCCAUGUAUGAGAAGUAUGACAUCAGCAACGGUGGACAUCCAGGUGGAGGAGGGGAGUAUGAAGUUCAGGAAGGAUUUGGCUGGACCAAUGGACUGGCUCUGAUGCUUCUGGACCGCUAUGGUGACCAGCUGACUUCAGGGACGAAGUCAGCUUCUCUGGGAACCUACUACCUAGUAGCUGCCCUUCUUCUCAGCCUUCUGCUACAGUGACAAGGACAAGCAUGGCCUCACUGCCUGUGUGUGCUCCUCUGGCUCCAGCCCCUGGUUCAUUAAACCUCUUCUUCCCCCCUCCUCCGCACCCCACCCCCAUCCUGAGCUGUCCUGCUCAGAGUGUACCGAAGCAAGAAGUGAUGAGGAGAUGGAGACUGGGGGACUGGAUUCCCUCCUGUAACCUUCGGUGGUAGGGUGGAAAGUUCCACUCUUGGGAAAACCGAAUCCUGAUGCCUGAAGUCCCCCACUCGGUUCCACAUACACCUGGACAUCCACACACA